AUAAGUGCCCACUCAUUGCCGGCUUGUGAGGAUGAGCUGUUAGAGCGGUCCUGCGAGCAUCUCGAGGAGAACUUAAUGCCGGGAAGGACGUGGUGAAGGAUUUGUUGGCUGGGAGAGGUGUCUCUGGAAUCCGACUCCCAGAUCUUACUGAGGAUUCGAAAAGAAUUGAAUUAGGGCCAUGGGGACAGCGAAGGUCACCGCACCUCUGAUCUUUGCCAUCACUGUUGCUACAAUCGGCUCUUUCCAGUUUGGUUACAACACCGGAGUAAUCAAUGCUCCUGAGGUGAUCAUAAAGGACUUUCUCAAUUAUACUUUGGAAGAUAGGUUAGACAAGCUUCCCUCUAAGGAGUUACUCACGUCUCUGUGGUCCUUGUCUGUGGCCAUCUUCUCCGUCGGUGGUAUGAUUGGCUCCUUUUCUGUUGGACUCUUUGUCAACCGAUUUGGCAGGCGCAAUUCAAUGCUAAUCGUCAACCUGUUGGCCAUUGCUGGUGGCUGCCUGAUGGGUUUCUGCAAAAUAGCGGAGUCGGUUGAAAUGCUGAUCCUGGGCCGACUGAUUAUUGGCAUCUUCUGUGGACUCUGCACAGGAUUUGUCCCCAUGUACAUUGGGGAGAUAUCUCCUACUGCCCUGCGGGGGGCCUUCGGCACUCUCAACCAGCUGGGCAUCGUUAUCGGGAUUCUGGUGGCCCAGAUCUUUGGUCUGAAAGUCAUCAUGGGGACUGAAGAGCUCUGGCCACUGCUCUUGGGCUUCACCAUUAUUCCAGCUGUCCUGCAAUGUGCUGCGCUGCCAUUUUGCCCCGAAAGUCCGAGAUUCUUGCUCAUUAACAGAAAAGAAGAGGAGAAUGCUAAGGAGAUCCUCCAGCGAUUGUGGGGCACCCAGGAUGUGGCUCAGGACAUCCAGGAGAUGAAAGACGAGAGUGUUCGGAUGGCACAAGAAAAGCAAGUCACUGUGCUGGAGCUCUUCAGAGCGCCCAGCUACCGCCAGCCCAUCAUCAUCUCCGUCAUGCUGCAGCUCUCCCAGCAGCUCUCCGGGAUCAACGCCGUGUUCUAUUACUCAACGGGAAUCUUCAAAGAUGCAGGUGUCCAGGAGCCGGUCUAUGCCACUAUUGGUGCUGGCGUGGUUAAUACGAUCUUCACUGUGGUUUCUCUGUUCCUGGUGGAAAGGGCGGGGAGGAGGACUCUACAUCUGACAGGCCUUGGAGGAAUGGCUUUCUGUUCUGUCCUCAUGACGAUUUCCUUGCUGUUAAAGGAUAAUUAUAAUUGGAUGAGCUUUAUCUGUAUUGGGGCCAUCUUGGUCUUCGUGGCCUUCUUUGAAAUUGGCCCAGGCCCCAUUCCCUGGUUUAUUGUGGCUGAACUCUUUGGCCAGGGACCCCGCCCAGCUGCAAUGGCAGUGGCUGGUUGUUCCAACUGGACCUCCAACUUCUUGGUUGGAUUGCUCUUCCCCUCGGCUGCAUUCUACUUAGGAGCCUACGUUUUUAUUGUCUUCACCGCCUUCCUCGUUAUCUUCUGGGUCUUCACCUUCUUCAAAGUCCCUGAGACCCGUGGCAGGACUUUUGAGGAAAUUACACGCGCCUUCGAAGGGCAGGCGCAGGAGGGUCACCGCGCUGAGAAGGGCCCAGUCAUGGAGAUGAACAGCAUCCAGCCCACCAAGGACACCAACGUCUAAGCGGGGCCUCCCUCCCGCCUCCCUCCCGCCAGGAGAAGCAACCUCUCCCUGCAAGGGGAGAGACCUCAUCAGGUUGUAACCCAGGACUGUUUCUGAUUGCUGCUACUUGAUUCCUUUCUCAUCCCACACACUCGAGGGGACCUCAGAGGAUCCCCAGGCCGGGGUUAGUCCUUAUUUUCAGUGGCUUUUUAGAAUCUCAUUUCUUGGACACUCUCCCCUGCUGAGGAGAGACCAAGUGAACCUACCUUCAUUUCAGGAGGGCUUGACCCCUUGGCAUCUGACAGCUUUGCCAGCUCUUGCUCCCUUAGGGUCUCAUGUUGCUCCCGGGGGCCUUUAGGGGAGUGAGCGGGAGGGCGCGGUUCCUCUAACCUCAGACCUACCAGGAAGCAAAGACACACGAGUGUGGAGGGCAGAGAGGGGUCACCUGAGAGCACCUUCCUCACUUCCAUACAGCUCUGCAGAGCAAAUUAACUUGAGUUUUAUUUAUUUUAUCUUCUGGUUUUAUUGCAUAAAUAUUUAUUUUUUUAAGUGUAAAGUAAUUUUACCAAAUAAUGAAAGCAUAAGGAAAUUGAGGUUAGAGGGAGGUGCUUAAAGAGAGGUUCUCGGGUGGAAGAUUCAAUACCGAAGAGGUUACGGUGCAAUAAGGGACGAAUUUAGGGAGAAAUGUGAUGCGUUAUUAGAGGGGCUAUGAUGUGGUGUGUGAGGUUUGCACGUUGCCUCUUAAACAUUUCUGUUCUUCAGACGAAAAUUCUCUAGUUUAAUUUCUCAGAAAAGUCACGGUGCCUGUAUAAAGAAGCUAUCGGUUUCCUUCGGAACUUCUUUCUUUGUUUAAGAUUGUAUGUAGCAGUACUUGAAAUCUAGGCUCAUUACUAAGAUGAGCAUUGUAGUUAAUGGUGGUUGUUGGGUUCUAAUUUUGGAUGGAGUCCAGAGAAGGGGUGGUUAUUUCUAGAAACCCUCUGUCCCCUCACUGGACCAACUUCUUUCUCCUGUAGUGAACUCAGUUUUUUUUUUUUAAGUACUUGUACCACCUGUCUGGUGGGAGAGCCUCCCAAGUGAGCAACCUAAAAUACUGGUUCUUGGUAGAGGUUCAUUAUUUCUUCAGUUUGUUCUUUAGAAGAUUUUAGAUUUUUAUUAUUAUUAUUAUUACUAUUAUUAUUAUUAUUAUUAUUUUACUUUAAGCCAUAGCUUUAAAAGAAUUCAGAGAUGUUCAUAGCUAACUUGGAACUUGUAACCUCAGCUUUGGGAGAGGAUUUUCCUGAACAAUUAUUAUCUAGUUGCAGUAUGUUGUUACAUUAGGGUUAUCUCAUGCUUGUUUCCGUCUGUUACCAUGUCAAGUUACCCUGGUCACCAUGUUACCAUAGUAUUAUGGCAAGCGUCCUUAAGGGGCUUGAACCUUUCCCACAGACCACAUUGGAGUCGCUGUGAGUAGAUGUGCAGCGUGGCCCACACUUGAGAGUGUGAAUGUGCGCCGUCGCUUUGUUCUGGGUGGAAGGCGUUUAUGGGUGACUUGUUUCCUCUGUGUUCCUAAGGCGUCCUUUUGGAUAGAGUGUGUUAAGACGACUCAUUCCUCUGUAUGUAAAUAGCGCUGCCCCUGCUGGGUGCAGUCUGCAUCUGUGGUUGCCUUCGGGCCUUCAGCGAAGCUCAGUCUCAUCUGGCUGCCUGUGUUAGGAGGGGGAGCCCCCUCCAUUCUGAGACUGAGGGUGGAGGGCUGCAUAGUCAGACAGUGGAAGCAGGAAAGGAUGUGGGAUCAGGCCGUGUGGCCUCCUGCGGGCACUGGGAGGGAGGCAUUCUUUAAGGGGAUAAGAAACAAACUGAAGACUUUGAACUCAGGCGGUUCAGAGACUUGGAUGAGAUGGAGGGGUUCACACCUGCCAUGGUCACAGACACCUCCGCAAUCAUCCAGUCUCCCAGUAUUUUUAGAGAUGGCUGUUGGACCCCUCUCCCCGUUUUCAUAUGUUGCCUGAUCUCCCAGUCCCUCUUUGGUGCUUACAGAUUUCAGGCCCUUUAGCCAAACCCUUGCCUAUGACGUAUUUUGGUUCUCAGUUCUCACCAUUUCCUCUGGUCAUUGAGCCUCUGUUUAUAAGCUCGAGAGCCAAGGAUGGGGCUUUGCCAGAAGGUGACUUUCUUCUAACUGUACGUCUGCUUCUGGCUCCUCAAAAACAGUGGGUUGGCAGUACUGCAGUGUGGAAAUUUUCCCAUUUCUCAGUGACCAGAUUGUGAAUAAUUUCCAAAUGGAUUUUCUAUUAUUGUUACCGUGGUUCUUUGUUUUGAAAUAAAAAUUCUGAAUGUAUACAUAGCA